GUUGGUUGACGAAUGUAGAUUUAGUUCAUAUACCGUUCCGAGUCAGUUGGCUUGGGUGAGGUGACUCGCGCGGUUCCGUGCAGUAUUAACUGGUGCAGACUUGAUUCAACCAUGGGCCUACUCGCUGUCUGUGUGCUGGCUGUAUUGUUCUCUCUAUUACACGAAGGUUUAGCAAUAAACUGCUACCAAUGCAAUAGCCACAACGAUUCGCGGUGCUUGAUGGACAAACUGCCAGACUCCCUUAGGCUGCCGUGCGGCCCCAAGGACACCAUGUGCAGGAAGAUCUCGCAAGUGGUGGAGUUUGAGAUGAAUGGCAUGCCGCCAGACAGCCGCGUCAUCAGAGGGUGUGGCUGGGACGAGACCAGCUAUAAGGGUCGCUGUUACCAGCGGUCAGGCUUCGGUGGGAGACAAGAAGUAUGUUCAUGCUUAGAGGAUGGCUGCAACUCUGCAUCAGUUCCAGUUGGAGCGACUCUUCUUAUGCUCGUGACCCUCGCUAUUCUAAAGUUUUAGAACAUUAUCAUAAUAUUGGCAUACACAAAACUGAUGUUACCAGACAUUAACUUAAAUUAUAUGUUAAACUUGCAACGUGAUAGAUAUGUACAGUACCUAAUUAAGAUCAGAUGUAGACAAGAUAGUUACGAAACAAUCAAGGAAGUAAUCUGGGGGCUCUAUACGUCAGGUCUCAUGUAUAAGUAUUAUAAAAUAGGUUAUAUUUAUUAAUAACAUAGCAGUGCUUAUAGCUAAGUAUAUGUACAAUACUUAAUAUUAUGAUUAUAUAGAGUAAAAGUUAGCCGCAAAAGGUGGCCCAAAUAACUGCCAGCGCUUGGGUUUCUAUUUCCAGCUCUAUUGAGAAGAUUAGCAGAGAAUAUGUGCAAUCUGCACGCCUCAGGGCCCCACAGACCAAGUGUUUUAACACGAACGGCAUAGAUAUAAGUCUUUCUGAGAAGACAUAACUAUUUGCCACCUCGAAAUAUGUUUUUAAAUGAAGCUUAUAAUGUUUUUCACACUUCUAACACACAGCUGUUACCAAGCCCAUGCCUUUAAUAGAUCAAAGACGCUACACUAAUACGUCUGAUUGUUUUUAAUAUAUGUUUAUUUUUGACGCACAAACUAACACUUAAAGGACUGUUAAUGUAAUUAGUAAAGAUGUGUUAAUAGUUGUGUCAAACAUGUUAGCCUCAUAACGAAUGUGUUCACUUAAGAUGUUAACCGUGCAAAUAGCAGAUAUAAUUGUUAUAAAUAACCUUAUUGUUGUUUUUGUCAAAAUGUUUAUUAAAUGAGUUUUAUAAA